AUGUCUGAAUUAAAAAUGUCUGAUUCAAUUGAUUCAGUAGACUUAAAAGUUCGAUUAAAUAAAUAUGGAUACAAGUAUAAAUUUAUUAAAUUAUCAGAACUGGUAGCUGACAAAAGAUAUGAAGUUACUGCUUUUGAACUUGUUAUUAUUAAUGGGUGGGAUAAAGUAUCUGUUGUAUUGGAUAAUAAAUAUAAGCUCAUUUUACCAGAUAGAUUUUUUAAGACUAUUUCUGAAAAUAUAUAUGAAAUGAAUGAUAAAGAGUGGUCUACACUUUACCUUUAUUACAGGUAUAAAAAAAUACUUGAUAAUGGAGAUUCAUACCAUCGUAUAGAGUUUGAAGGUAAUUCUUUUGACACUACUGUAAUUAAAGUAUUAAAGAAAUUAAAUGAAGAAUAUUACAAAUAUACAAAAUUAUCUGAUUUAAAUAUCAAUGAACUUUAUAAAAUAACAACAAUUAGAAAAGUAGAUACAAAAUAUGGUGAAAGAGUUUCUGUUGUUUUAAACAAUAAGGAUAUACUAUUAUUGCCCCAGAGGUUUAUUAAUAUUAUUUCUGAGUUAGAUAUAAACAGAUAUGAUGGCGAAAUGUAUAUGAAAUAUAAGGGUAAAAAAACUCUUGAUAAUAGGAAAACAAUCCAUUUGAUAGAAUUUGACAUACUUAACAUUAUUUUUUGUUAUUAA